GAAUUUAAAUACGAUAAAUCCUCUUUACAUUCUUGUUUAUUAGUAAAUCGUCUUUGGUGUCAAAUUGCCGUUCGUUUUUUAUGGUGUCAUCCUUUUCGGCUUUUAUAUUCUUGCAAAAAUUCUCCUUGCAAGUGUUCAAAUGAAAAAAGACAAUCUCAAGCAAAAAAUUUGAUCGAAACUUAUAUGUCUGUUAUAAUUUAUUUAAGCAAGAAUACUUUGAUUAGAAAACAAGUCAUCACUCCGGCUCAAGUUACCGUACCAGUUUUUAAUUACUUGGAUUUCUUACAAAAUAUUGAUUUAUUGGAAUUAUCCGCUACUAUUCAUGAUGGUAUGAAUCCAAAACAAAACUCGGAAAUUUCAAAAAAGCCUCAAUUUCCUCCAAUUAGUCAAUGGUAUCCAUUUAUAAUUCCUUCU